CGGCAGUAGCAGACAGACGCGAGCGCCAGUCGGGUUGAUCAUCGGUUAACGUUCGGUUAGUUCGUGGAAAGAAACAACAGCAAUUGCAGUAGCAUUGAGAGAAGCAGUGCGGGACUCAAAUCCGGAGCGUGCGCGCGCGUUCACUAUAAUCCUAUACUUUUUCGGAGAAUACUCUCUCUUUCUCUUUCGACAUGGUGGCAGAAGCUUACCGUUACACGCGUGACCUUACUAUUAAAAUCUUUAUACGAUAUUUUAUUUCGGCGUGAAAUAAUAAGUGCCUUUUCGUAUGGUUAAGUGUUACAAGCGUUACACGCACAGUGGAUGGAAGAAAGCGUCAUCGUUUAUCUGGGAACGAGACCGAAGAGAUUUUUCUUCGAAGGACAACGAUCUGACACUACGUAGUCGGUAUUGCAAGGUUAGAUGCAGUACGAAGAAAGGAUUUUGGAUGAAGGAGUUCGUUGAUACACCGAAUACAGUAAAUUAGCGAGAAUGGGGGGUAGCCUGCCAAGCGGAUGGAUGAGGAGGAUUCUCCUCUUCCUCGUUUUGAUAACCGGCGUACUUCUUAUUGCCAUGUACGCGCAUGCACCGCCACUUGCCUCGUUGCAGCCCUUCACGACACGUCGAUUGGAAGAGUUCGAACAGGGAUUGGUAACCUUCUUGGUCGAUAAUGAGAGCAUCAAAAAUCCUGAGGAUCGUCUAUACGAGUACCUUGAUGUCUCAAGGAAAAAGAAUUCUACCGGACGUGAUGAACGGACGGUUUUUCAAAGCCCUUGGUCGUGGGUGUGCGUAGCUGGUCGUUGCGAGAGAAGGGCCGUAAGAUCGUCAAAAAUAUCUUUGGCAACUUGUACAGCCCUUUGUGGUGGUAACACUCGUCUUCUCUGGCCAAGACCUACGGGGAAUGUUGUUUUAGGGGACGAAAGCGUGACAAUGCAUUUGCAACAAAUCGAAUUCGUCACAUUAAAUACUAGCGAUCGUGACGUUAAAACAUUAUUGGAGUACGCCAAAGACGUUUUCUUAGGAAACGUAAGAAGUUUAAUACGAGUGUCAAAUGCCAAAGGUAGAUCAGGAAUCGAUAAUUUUCUGAUAUAUUUGAGUGCCGGCAAUUCGCGGGGGACCAAAUUGACAAUGGACACGGACGAAUCGUACAACCUGGAAUUAUUUUUAAAGGGUAAAAUUUUGGAGGCCCAUAUAACGGGAAAAAGUUAUUAUGGUGUGCGUCACGGAUUGGAAACACUCGGACAAAUGAUUUGGUGGGACGAGACGGGCGAAAGGCAAGGUUCGCUGCGUGUAUUAUCGCGUGCGUUCAUCGAGGACAAGCCAGUAUUUUCAUAUCGUGGUCUACUCGUCGACACAGGGAGACAAUUCUUCGGGAUCGAGCAAUUAAAAAGAUUGAUCGACGGUAUGGCUGCCUCGAAACUGAACACCUUUCAUUGGCACCUAACGGAUUCUCAGAGCUUCCCGUUUGACUCGGUACAGUUUCCGGAAAUGGCCAGGUGGGGUGCUUACAGUGGGGAUCAAGUUUACACGCCUGAUGACGUUAAAGAUCUAGCUGAUUACGCAAGAAUAAGAGGAGUUAGGGUACUCGUUGAGAUAGACUCUCCUGCUCAUGCCGGUGCCGGUUGGCAAUGGGGAGCCGAACACGGUUACGGCGAGCUAGCACUUUGCGUUGACCAACAACCUUGGACGUCAUACUGCGGUGAACCAAACUGCGGUCAGUUAAAUCCGAUAAACGAGCACUCCUAUAGAAUACUCGAAGGUCUCUACAGAGAAUUGUUGGACUUGACCGAAGUUAGGGAUAUCAUUCACCUUGGAGGAGAUGAGGUUAAUCUAGAUUGCUGGGCACAGUAUGGUAAUAUAACUGCAGCAAUGCAGGCACAAAAUAUGACCGAUCAUCAUGCCAUGUGGGCGGAAUUCGAAACGAAAAUGUUGCAACGUUUGGUUAAGGCAAAUCACGACGAGAUACCGAAGGCCGUCAUUUUGUGGAGCUCGCCGCUUACCAAACGUCCAUACAUUACCACUUAUUUCGAUCCCAAGAUACACGUCAUUCAAUCUUGGGGUGGCAGCAAUUGGCUCGAGACGUCUGAUCUUUUGGAAGAUGGUUUUAGGGUUAUAUUGUCCCAUGUAGAUGCUUGGUACUUGGAUUGUGGAUUUGGUAGAUGGAGGGAAACCGGUGAAGCUGCCUGUGGCGAGUAUCGUACAUGGCAAACGGUUUACAAUCACAGACCUUGGAAGGAAUACCAUCAGCAACAGAUUAGUUUAAUUCUUGGCGGGGAAGCUGCAAUUUGGAGCGAACAAAUGGGUCAGGCUUCUUUAGGACCACGAGUAUGGCCAAGGGCGUCGGCUCUCGCUGAAAGAUUAUGGAGCGAUUUACCGAGCAGCGGUUUUUCAACCGACGAAAGCGUGUACACGAGGUUAGCUGCACACGUUGAAGUGUUAACAAGUCGAGGAAUCAAAACUGAAGCCAUGUGGCCACAAUGGUGUUCUCAGAAUCCUGGUAAAUGCCUCUGACCGAUCGUCAGAUGAUUGAUAACGAGCGUUAUUCUAUUUUAUGGAUCGUGGAGAUCGAUUGCUACGAUAGAACGCUAGAAACAAACCAAAACGGAAAGCCAUAAUCUCUUGACGGAACGCUUUAAGCAUCGAGAGACAAGAAAAAAGGGAAAUAAAUUCGGAUGAUGAUGAUUAAGUCUCGAGUGUGUAGAAUUAUCGCUAGAAUUUUGUUAUUAAAAAAAAAAAAAAAAAACUGAGACAUCGAUUAGAAAAGUUUUCAUCGAUGUGAUGAUACUCUCGUGACUGCCAUGAAUCCUCGUGUUUGCGUUUACGAUACUUGCUAUACAUAAGAAUAAGUUAUAAGAAGAAGAAGAAGAAGGAGAAGAUGGUGGUGAUGAUAUGCGAUAGAAAAAUGGCCUCCUAGAAGAUAAGAUAAGAAAGGAAUAAUCGAGAACAGAGACGUUUCUUGAUUGUUCUCUAAAAACAAACACUAUGAAGAAUUCUUCUUCCGGUCGCGCGCGCACUCUUAACGGACCGGUACCUAUAUGAAUUACCUAUCGAACGUCAGGUUAGUCGUUUCAAUUCUACGAUUUUUUUAUAUACAAAAAAUUCUUGGUUGAAUAUUCGAAAGAUUUUGAAGAAAAGAAUAAAAAAAAAAACAAGACGACAAAUAUAUGAAAAAACCUCUAUAGAUAAAACCUUUUGAUCGAUUUUUUAAAUUACUUAUCGGAGAUACUUUAUAUGAGUUAGAACCGAAUGAUAGUGAUUCGUAUUUGUUAAUUAUUUCGUUGUUUUCACGAUAUACCGAGCACAGCA